AAAUAUCCGUUCACUGCUCUGUGGUGCUGCUGCCUUGUGGGCUUCCUCUUCCUUUUCCCUCUCCAGCUAAUCUCCCUCUCUCUCUCUCUCUCAAAUUCUCUCUAUAGUUUGUUGGCACAAAAUUAGGCACGUCCGUAACUGACAGACGCCAUAUACGGGGCGAUCCUGGGAGGGAAUUCGAAAUCUUUUAUCUACCGCCGCCGCUAACAACGCGGCCGCGGCGAGGAAAAGCCCAAGCUUUUGAUGACUGUCACCGUCACGGAUGGCCACCAAGCGCGCGUACAAGCUCCAGGAGUUUGUUGCGCAUGCUUCGGGUGUCAAUUGUGCCAAGUUCGGGAGGCGGACAUCGAGAAUUCUGAUCACUGGUGGGGAAGAUCAGAAAGUCAAUGUCUGGGCAGUAGGGAAACCAAGUGCCAUCCUGAGCCUAUCAGGCCUUACAAGUCCAGUUGAGUCAGUGAGCUUUGAUUCCUCGGAGGUUAUGAUAGGUGCGGGAGCAGCAAGCGGAACAAUAAAAAUAUGGGAUAUUGAGGAAGCAAAAGUUGUUCGAACUUUCACUGGUCACAGAUCAAAUUGUGCCUCUCUUGAUUUCCACCCUUUUGGAGAAUUUUUUGCCUCUGGUUCUUCAGAUACAAACAUGAAAAUAUGGGAUAUGCGGAAGAAAAGAUGCAUUCACACAUACCAGGGCCAUACCCAGAGGAUUGAUGCGCUUAGAUUCACUCCUGAUGGUCGGUGGAUUGUUUCUGGUGGGGCUGAUAGUUCUGUCAAGAUCUGGGAUUUGACAGCUGGAAAGCUCUUGCAUGACUUUAGGCUUCAUGAUGGUCCAGUUAACUGCUUAGAUUUUCAUCCUCACGAGUUCUUAUUGGCCACAGGUUCAGCUGAUAAGACUAUUAAAUUUUGGGACCUUGAGACUUUUGAGUUGAUUGGCUCUUCUGAACCAGAGAAUUGCCGGGAAUACUUUGUUCAGGGUAAUGUAGUUAGCUCUAUGACAUUCAACAGUGAUGGUAAAACACUUUUUUGUGGAUUACAUGAAAGCUUAAAGGUUCUUUCAUGGGAACCUGUCAUAUGUCAUGAUGCGGUUGAUGUUGGCUGGUCGACAUUAGCGGAUUUAAGUGUACACGAGGGAAAACUUCUUGGUUGCUCAUACAACCAAAGUUGUAUCGGAAUAUGGGUUGUGGACUUGACGAAAAUUGAGCCAUAUGCUGCUGAUAAUGCUGAAAGUGUUGAUAUGCCGAUACAAGCCUCUACUAGCAUAUCGUCAAUGUUGGGGAAGCUAUCUGUAGGCUCAGAAGCCAAUGGGACUCCAUCUAAUACUUUGCGCAAGCGUCCGAUGUCAUCUUCAAAAGAAAUUCAUGUAGCGUCCUCUCCUGCAGUGACAAGGAGAUUAUCAAAAGCACCUGAAACAAGUGACCUUCGGCUCACAAGAACUGGAUCUGCACCUCUUCUUCCUCCUAGGGGUAGGUUCAACCAAGAUUCCACUGAUGACCUGAAGAGAUUGACAGCUAAUGUCUGCUCCAGUGUGGAUCUCUCUUCAAGUGCUAGAAUGUCCAGUGAUGACUCACAAACAGCUGCUUCUCCCACACAUAGACCAAGGUCAAAUGUGUUUGCAUAUAGUAGUAAAGGAUCAUCUUUCGUGCCUGUUGUUUUCCCAAGGCAUAGCUCUAAAGUGGAUGCUGGUCCGAAUCUUACUGAAUCCACCACUACUGACUUGCGAACUGUUGAUCGUGAAAAUUUACUAAAAGGUCAUCUGGUGACGGAUCAUGGUAAAGAGGUUCGUCAAUGCGUAUUUCCAUCAAAAUGCAGUACUUCAAAAAGAAAUCAUGUAACAGAAACUUCAGGUGAUGGGGACAUUAAUUAUUUUGGGCCAUUGUGUACCGAGGGUGUGGACUCUAACGAAGUUGGUGACUGGUAUGAUGUUUCUGAUUUGGAAGAAACAAAAUCUGAAGCUGGAAGGAAUCCAGAGUUUAAGAAUGUCAACAGAACAGCAGUGUUUGUAGGAACAGGACGUCUACGUGGGAGUUAUGAGAGAAGCCAGAACGCACCAACGUUAGAAGGCUUGAGGAGGCAUUCUUCAUUUGCUGGUGAACAGAGCGUGUUGGUUAAUGACGAAGAUGUUAUAGCUGACCUAAUGGAAAACCAUCAAGAAUUCAUUCAUGGCAUGACACCUCGGCUGGCAAGACUAGAGGUGGUUUACCGGUGUUGGCAAAAUAAUGAUAUCAAGGGCUCUGUUAAUGCUAUGCGAAGAAUGGUGGACCAUGCUGUUACUGCUGACAUAUUUAGUGUAUUGAUGGAGAACACUACUAAGUAUAUCACACUAGACAUUUGCGCUUAUACUUUACCUCUUGCCUGCAACCUUCUCGAAAGCAGUUAUGACAGACAUCUGAACAUUGCCUUGGGGAUGAUCCUUAAGCUUGUCAGAAGCUUUGGAGCCACAGCAUCUUCAAACAUGUCAGCUGCUCCACCAGUCGGUGUGGACAUCGAGGCCGGUCAGCGGUUGGAAUGCUUCGGAGAACUGAAAAGGGUGAAUGCCAGACUCAUAUCCCUGACAAGGCGAGAAGGCAAGGUUGGGAGAUUGGCACGGGAGCUGAGCCUCUUUCUUCAGGACAUCUUCAGGCUGCCAAGCAGCGUAUAGAAGAUAUAGACAUACGGCGAGUCAGGGAAAAUUCGCCUCUUUUCCUGUUGAUACGGGAUACUAUAUAGCAACAUAGGAUUAGCAGUUUACUUCCUCUGUCCUAAAUGAUAAGACGUUUUGGCAAGCUAAAAUAGCCUGCCGAAACAUGUUAUAUUUUGGACAGAAGAAAUAUACAGGAAUCGCAGGGGUCCCAAACGCCAUAGCAUUUUCAGAUAGAGAUAGGAAACAGCCAGUUUGAAGGCUUCAGAGCUCCUGUAGCAGCCUAGUUUCUCCCUGUCUCUGUAGACCACUGAGCAACUAACUGUACAUGAGUACACUACAAACUUGAGCUCUGUACGCUGGCAGUUCAAUAACAAAGUACGAAGCUAGAUUUCUACACUUUC